AGCAAUCAUUUCUCCUUCUCUGGCUGCAUUCUUGCAGCCAUUGAGAAAUACUGUGAGAGCUGUGAUUGCUCACAGCUUGUCACAUGGUACAAGGCUGUUGUGAAUAGCCUUGUACCAUGUGAUCUCUGCGAUCAUUCACAGAUUUCACAUGUAGUAAGCAAUGAUGUCAGAAGUGACAUCUUGCUUACACCUAUUCAUGUGAUCAUUGAUAGGCCAAUCAGUGAUCACAUGAUCGGGACCUCACACAGAGGUCCUGUUCAGCAAUCGGUGCUCCCAGGGAGUGCGCAUAGCCCAAAAUGGCGGGUG